CCAUGGACACGGGAACGAAGCUUCGUCGCCGAUUUUCUCCUCCUCCCGACUCCCGAGUCGCCGUGAUCUCUUUCGACUCGCCGAGCAGCGGUCCAUGGCGGGGUUUAGGGGUGAGGGUUUGGGUUCCGGUUCCUUCUCUGAAGCCGCAAUGUCUGCUGGUAUUUGAAUUGGAUCGCAUCGAAAGCGCCUAGCGAUCUCCCUCUCCCGAGAAUCACGCAUCUGCAUUAUCUUCUCGAGAUCUGGUAGAAAAUGCGGGCACCAUCACUGCUUGCGCAAUGCUUGCCAGGAUUGAUGACCCAUGACAAGAAUGGUCACGGCAUUUCCAUAGUUUCUGAAAGGGAUUUGCAUCUUCCUUCACCAGCUGUUGAGAUUCUUCCUUCAAAGAAUGCUCACCCUUACAAGUAUGCUGGAGAGAAUGUUGAUUUGCAAGGUCUCAAAAUUUUCAAGGGAAGAGUUAGUGUAGCAGACAUGAUUGGAUUUUCCAGUUUGGAGAUGAUAUUGUCAAAACCUGAUGGAUCUCUGAAAGCCUGGGAGAGUUCAAUUGAUCUCGUAAAUACACUUAAGCAUGAGAUCCGUGACGGGCAGUUGAGUUUCAGGGGCAAACAGAUUCUAGAGCUUGGUUGUGGGUAUGGCCUGGCUGGGAUUUUUGCUUUCCUGAAGGGUGCUUCCACAGUGCAUUUUCAGGAUCCAAAUGCAGAAACUAUAAGAUGCACGACCAUUCCCAAUGUCCUGGCAAAUCUUGAGCAUGCUCGGGACAGGCAGAGCCGCCAACCAGAGAGUCCACUCACCCCAUCUCGGCAGCAAUUGUCUCCUGACGUCCAUUUCUAUGCUGGGGACUGGGAGGAGCUCCAUAUGGUCCUCUCUGUGAUGCAGAUGGAUGGGUUUGAGCUAGCACCAGGGACAAGCCUCAGCUUCUCUGAGGAUGACUUCAUAGAUGGGUGUAGCAGUCAGGAUGGAAGCAUCGCUUGUCAUGGUCCUUCCACCAGGCGAUCUAGGAAGCUUUCUGGAAGCCGUGCUUGGGAGAGGGCAGAUGAGACAGGCACUGGGAAUGGUGGUUAUGAUAUUAUUUUAAUUACUGAAAUCCCAUAUUCACUGAGCUCUCUGCGGAAGCUAUAUGCCCUCAUAACAAAGUGCUUGAGACCACCAUAUGGAGUGUUGUAUGUGGCUGCCAAGAAGAAUUUUGUUGGUUCUAAUGCUGGAGCACGGCAGCUGAGAGCCCUCGUGGAUGAGGAAGCUGUUUUUGGUGCCCAUGUGGUUACCGAAUUGGCAGACGGGGAAAUUUGGAAGUUCUUUUUCAAGUGAGUAAAUUCUGAGGGGACAAGAAAGAGCCCAAGCGUGCUUAAUUACCACAACUGGGACUCCAGUCCGAUGCAUUUCACGUGCAUCUCGGGCCCGCCUGAUUGCAGUGCCAGGCCGCUGACCAAAACCCAUAAAACGCCGCCGCUGCCAGAAAGAUCGAGCGUUUUCCUCCCUCCCUCUAUCCCCUCAACGCUGCGCUUCCUCAAUCCGUCUUCUUUUGCCGAUCGAAACCCACCGAUUCUCCGUCAAGGGAUCCAUCAUCUCCUCGAUCAUUCCGAUCUCCCAUUGCCCCAUCCUCACCCACCUGGUCCUCCCUCCGUCAUCGCUUGUUGAACCUUGGCGUGCUCUCGCAUCUUCCCCUUCCGUUAUUGUUGGGGUACUACUUCUCGACUCCUAUCUCUAGGGUUUCCUGUUCCCCGGGGUUCUUGAUCCAAAUAUUAUGGCAGGGUUUAGCAGCGAGUGUCUCCGGCGAAGACUUUCGAAGCAAAGCGAAAGGGUUUAGAAUUUUUGUUGGAAUUCUGUACAUCUUGUCAAACCCUGGCUUGA